AAUUAAGUUCAAGUUUGCGUGUUUACGCAUAUUAUGUGGAAUUUGUUCUCUCUAUUAAAGAUGCUUCCGUUUUUAUUUUUGUGUACAAUUGCAGCCGUUAGAGCUCAAUUUGAAGUUCCUGACGCUAGCGUUGAAGUUUUACGCCCUAGGGGCUUCAAGGUUUCCAUACCAGAUGUCCCGGGCAUCAAGUUAUUCGCCUUUCACGGUAAAAUCAACGAGGAAUUCGAUGGAAGAGAGGCUGGCACGUUCGCCAGGGAUAUUUUAAAGCCUAAAAAUGGCAGCUGGACCUUCGUUGAUAAAAUUACCAAGUUAAAACCGGGAGAUAUUUUGUACUUUUGGACCUACGUGGACUUCGAUGACGGUGAAAGGGUUUUAGGAUAUCCCAAAGAUGAUCAGAUGUUCGUUGUUAAAGGACAAGACAUCAACAAAACACCUGUGAGAGAUCCAAUCAAACCAACAGAGACGGGAAAUUUAUUUUUCGACGACUUUUCCUCGAAUUCUCUCAACCCCGCCCGAUGGAUUGUCGAGCAGAAAUUCGCAGGAGAACCGGAUUACGAAUUCGUCAUGUACGUUAACCGACCGGAGACUAUCCAAAUUAAAAAUAACAAACUCAAGAUAAAUCCGGUCCUAACUCAACGGGUUUUCGGGGAAGGAUUUCUGACUUCGUUUUCCGGCUAUGAUUUUGGCGAGAAUUGCACAGCAGACGCUUCAGAUACUUUGGGUUGCAGAAGAAGCUACAAUGGAGGAUUCCUCCUGCCUCCCGUCGUUUCGGCGCAAAUCAGCACUAAAAACAAAUUCUCCUUCAAAUACGGCAAGGUGGAGAUUAGAGCGAAAUUGCCUGCCGGUGACUGGAUUUACCCCGAGAUUUAUUUGAAUCCACUGCACAGCGUCUACGGACACAGUAACUACGAAUCCGGACAGAUUAGGAUAGCAUUCUCUCCCGGAAAUUCCGACCAGAACAAACUCCUCCAAGGCGGUGUUGUUUUGGGUCAAAGUAACGCAGCUAGAGAUUACGGCAUUAAGAAAGUCGAGGCGUUCGAAAAUUGGUCAGACGAUUUCCACAAGUUCGUCGUCAAUUGGCAGCCUAAUGAGAUUACGUUGAGCGUUGAUGACAGAAUGUACGGAAGGAUAACUCCUCCAUCGAACGGUUUCGCUGAAUUAGCGAAUAAUUUGAGAAUCAACAACGCCGAUAAAUGGGGAACGGGCUCUAAAAUCGCUCCGUUUGAUCAGGAGAUGUAUUUGGUGUUAGGAGUGGGCGUUGGAGGGUUUAAUUUCAAAGAUUCCCAUGACAAGCCGUGGAGGAACGGAAAAAGAAACAUGUUGACGCAAUUUAACAACGCACAAGAUGAGUGGUUGCCAAGUUGGAGCGAGAAAAGCGCUCUACAAGUCGAUUAUAUUAAAGUAACGAAGAAUUAGUGCUAAUAUUAGGAUAAUUUUUUAUAUUCAUAAAUAUUUUGUAAUAAAUUAUUUUUCGUAUGUUGUGC